GUGACCAGCCUCGUAGCCUAGGAGACGUUUUGUUUACUUCCGGGUUGUCGGAGACGAAAACAAGAGGUGCACCCAGCCACCCACCGCCGAGCAAAGCGGAUUAAAGUCCCGCGUUGAUGGCGGGGGAGGCCGAGGACGAGAUACCCGAGUCGGGGGCAGUGUUCACGUUUGGAAAGAGUAAAUUUUCUGACAACAUCCCGAGUAAAUUCUGGCUAAAAAAUGACGUCCCCUUGAAAAUAUCUUGCGGAGACGAGCACACGGCCUUAAUAACAGAAAAUAAGAAACUCUUCAUGUUCGGCAGCAACAACUGGGGCCAACUGGGCCUGGGCUCCAAACUCACUGUCAACAAGCCCACUUGUGUCAAAGCCUUGAAGUCAGAGAAAGUUCAUCUCGUGGCCUGUGGAAGGAACCACACACUGGUCUGCACAGCUCAGGGAAAAGUGUUGGCCUCAGGAGGGAACAGCGAGGGUCAGCUGGGCCUCGGCGACUGUGAGGAGAGGACCAGCUUCCAGAGACUGGAUUUCUUUGAUUCACUCGGACCAAUCAAGAUGCUGGCUGCUGGUUCAAACACCUCGGCUGCCCUCACCGCGAGCGGUAAACUGUUCAUGUGGGGCGACAACACUGAAGGUCAGAUCGGUUUGGGGAAGGAGAGCCAGGCGUCCUCCCCACAGGAAGUCAGCGUGGGACGAGCCGUCCGCUGGGUGUCCUGUGGAUACUACCACUCUGCUUUAGUGACAGUGGAUGGAGCUCUGUACACCUUCGGGGAGCGGGACAGCGGUAAACUGGGUCUGGGCACCGAGCAGCUGCCAGGACACCGAGUCCCUCAGAGGGUGAAGAGCAUCAAGGAGCCGGUGACACAGGUGGCCUGUGGGGGGGGGCACACGGUAGCCCUCACAGAGGAUGACGUGUACACGUUCGGCCUCGGUCAGUUCGGACAGCUCGGCCACGGGACGUUCAUCUUCGAGUCUCGGCUGCCGCGUCCCAUCGAGCACUUCAAGAAGGGCCGAGCCUGUCAGGUGGCCUGCGGAGAGAACCACACAGCUGUGAUCACAGACGGGGGUUUGCUGUACACGUUUGGAGACGGCCGGCAUGGUAAACUGGGUCUGGGAGAAGAGAACUUCACCAACCAGUUCAAACCAACUCUGUGUCCACGCUUCCUCAAGUACAACGUUCAGGCAGCUUCGUGUGGUGGAUGUCACAUGGUGGUGUUGGCUCGGCCGAGGGACGGCGGCUGUGGUGACGUGACUCUGGAGGAGGACGACGUGAUAGAAGAUUAUGUGGAGAAACCCUACGUGGAGCUGCUGGGGGACACGGCCGACGCCUCCACCCUGCAGAGGAGCCUCUCUGCUCGGGUUCGCAGGAGGGAGAGGGAGCGAUCUCCAGACCAGUUUGGAGCCAUGUUCCGAACACUGCCCGCCAUGACGCCCGGCCGCCUGCACCCGCCGCUACCCGUCUCCAGCCACACCAUUCCACCCAGACUGCCUCCGCCUGAGCUGAGCCACAGAAAGGUGCUCAACGGCACUCACCAACAUGGGAGCGCAGGGUCAAUCCACCAGGAGCAGGCAGGCGGCGAGACAGACAGCGUUGUGGAGAGCAUGAGUGACAGCGACAGCGUCAGAGGACUGGGAGAAACCACAGACUUCCUCAACAUGACACAUGUGAUGAGGAUGGAUCCCAGUGAUAAAACUCUCACUCUGUCUCCAGUUCAGAAGGAUUUGACCAAAGGAGGCGAGCAGGAGGAGGAGGAGGAGGAGGAGGAGGAGGAGGAGGAGGACACAUCCGAGUCCUUGAAACCAGCAGAAGAGACUGAGAGCCCUCCAGAAGAUCUGAGAGAAGGAUGUGAACCUGACGGAGGGCAGAGAGCAGCUGAGAUCAGCCAGCAGCCCCACACUGCAGGCCAAGAGAAGACAGGGGGGACACCAGAGCAGCCAAUGGGACGGCAGACAGUGACUCCACCGACCAAUCAGGCUCCAACAAAAAGCUCUCAGUCUUCAGACGACUGUCCUCCUCCAGGUCCAAGCAGACAAAUGAGACGGAGCAAGCCCCAGCGGAGGGCCCCGUCAGCGGGGGCCGAGCCGUCCAAGGAGAGCCUCCACCCCCGGCUGCUGCACCCAGGACUCAUCAGGGUGCAGCACUGCAGCGAGCCGGAGCCAGAGGGCCCCGCUCUGGAGCCUGCAUCGUACUGUGAUCCCAGGAAACUGAACCCUCCGCCGGCCUCAGUCCUCUGGGACAGUACCACCAAAGUGUGAAGGCUCAUUAGCAGCAACACAGACGAGCAGCUUCCCUGGGGAGCUCAGGACCAGCUCCACUCAUCAGACCGGCCUGAAAACCGACACACACAAACUGGCUGACAGAGCUGUUUUAUUAACAUCGCUGCCAGAGACCACAGGCUUCACAGAGACCUGGGGUGAAGCUCCUUCUAAGAACAUCUGUCCUCAAACCAGGUGGCUCACAAAGGUUUAUUAGUGAUGAACCUCAUGAUGUUACUGGACUCUUUCAUGGCUCAUUUCCUCCCUGCUGCUGAGCCUCAAUGUGUGUGUGUGUGUGUGUGUGUGUGUGUGUGUGUGUGUGUGUGUGUGUGAUGAUGAUGAUGAUGAUGAUUAUUUAUUAUGACCAGGUCCUGGAGCACAUUCACACAUUUGAUGUGACAUAUUUGAGUUUCUAAGAGAUGCUUUGCUUUUAUAUUGUGAUACGACAAUCUCAUUUAAACUCACCUGUUUUUGUAUGAUAUGAAUUUUGAUAUAAAGAUGAAUCAUUAUUUUGCAUUAAAAGGGUUAUAUUUUCCUGUUUUCAUUAAGAAACGGUACUGCAUGUACCAACAUAAAAACAUCCAUUUUUUCCAUAAUUUCAUUCAGUAAAAAAUUAAUAUCAACUUUUUUGCUUCAGAAGUCAGGAUAAAACAGUUACAUUAAGCAAGAGAAGAGGACGUUUAAUAGAUUUAUGGACGGAUAU